CCGCACGCGGAACCAAAUGAGAUGUCGCCGCCCUGUUCUUUCUCUCUUCUCUUCCUCUUCCUCACCUUCCCUUCAUUUCCUCCCCUCCCUCAUCUUCCUCAUCUCAUGCUCCUCCCUCCCCGUCCAGUAUGACACUAAUAGACGUUCUCGCCGCCCUCUCAGAAGGCUCACUCCCCUCGACGGCGCAACUCCUCUCGCACCUCUCGCACCUCCAAUCCUCUUCCCUCCUCUCCCCCUCGACCACACGUCCCCCGCGCCACGCAGACGAGCUAGACGCCCAUCAUCACAAGAAGACGCUGCUUCGCGACGUGCAGCAUGUCCUCGCCGCCCUCCAGGUGGUGCUGCGCGAACGCAAUGGGAGGGACGAGGCGCAAGAGCUCCUCUGGCGUCUGAGGGGGGAGGCGUUGAAGCUGGGCGAGGAGUUGAGCAAAGAGGAGAUCGAGGCGCGAAAGAAGGCCAAAGAGGAGGCGAAAGCUGCGAAAAAAGCUGCGAAGCUGGAGAGAAAGCAACGCACCAAGGAGCUGGACAAGGCCGCUGCCCCUAGCAAGGAGAAGGCGCGUACGGCGUAUGAUCACCUCUUGACCCUGGUGCGGAUCACGCUCGUUCAGCCUGAGCUUCGCCAUAUUCUUGCGGAUUUCGCCCUCCUGGGAUUGGAGAUCGUGGACCAGACUGCGUCGGAUACGUUUGGGGAAGAGGCGAGACACGAUCUUGGUCAGGCGGUGCAAGCUGGUGGUAAGGUGGGGGGGACGAUCGAAGGGAUUAUUCGGGGUUUGAAGGAGGAAUACGCUGAGCGAGGGAUGGUGGGUAAUGGCAACGCAGUCCUACAGGAGCAGGUGGCAAGACUAGCCCAGGAUCCACCUGCGGCCGCCGCCGCCGCGGGAUCGGGCAAUGCGAAUGGAACCGCGAACGCAAAUGGGAGCGCGCAGCUGCCCAACCUGCUCAAGCUCAAGGCCCGCACUCUCGCUCUCGUCGAGCUGGCUAGGCGAAAGCAGCGCGGAGAGGAUGUAGGCUCCCCGAGCUCUGAAUUGCCCACGUUGGACGAGUUGCGCGCUCUGCUCGCUCAGGAGCUGGGCAACGGGCUCGGAGGGGAUGCAGAGGUAGAGGCGGCCCUCGCACCUCUCGAGCAUGGGACGACAGCAGCAUCGACAGAUCCAGACGGAGAGGCAGCCUUGCCAGCCGCGAUAGCCAAGCCAGUACCGGCGACGAACGGCCACGACGGACCUGCGCCCCCUCUCGCACGCACGGACAUGGCCGACCUUCUCCAGCUGAUCGGCGUCGACUCCCUGCUCAGCUCCGUCCCCUCCCGUACCUCCAUCUCCACAGCCAAACUCCGCGCGAAGGACGCAGCAUCCAAAGCGCGCAUCGAAGGAGCAAAGAAUGCGCGCGUCGCCUGGCGCGAGCAAGGUCAAGACCGCCUUCUCUCCCGUCUUCGUCGACUCCUCUGUGACGUCCAAUCGCAGGACUCGUCGCGGCAGGCGGCCCUCUGGUUCUUGGAGCAGGUGGAGCUGCUGGUCGAGUGGAUAGCAACACGGAGCUUGGAGGUGCCGCAGGGCGUGGCGGGGAAGGCUGAGCAGGGAUGGGAGGCACUAGGGCCGGGGGUGAAGUUGCUUGAGGGGUUCCAGGGGGGGAGAAGGGUCAGACCUAUUUUGGGGUUGGUGCAGAGGUUAGGCCGCGACUUCAGGCAGGACCCAGAGCUUCGCACCUUCGUGCGCGACGCAGACCAGUACCUUCGAGAUUCUCUGCUCAAGCCGGGCUGGGUGUUAGAGCAGUCCUGCGAGGAAGCAGGUCGGGCCCUCGUUGCGCGUUUUCAAGGGCUGGGCGACUCCUACCGUCAGGAUCUUGCCUCUCUUCUACGAGAGGUGCAGGGCCUCUUCGAGGAGGUCCCCAAGGACCCGGCCAUCGAGGGACUCAAGGUCGCGCUCAAGGGCUUCGGGAAGGACCUCACGCUGGGAAGGAGGUACAUGUAUUUUCCGAAGCCGCACGUUUGGCAGGAGAUUUUCAGGGAGAUACUGCCGCCCUUAUUCACCAAGAUUGUACGUCCUCCACGCCUUCUGGCCAGGCCAGAUCUCCCCACCUCACGCUCACGCUCACCCUCCCCUUCCUUGUCUCCCUCCACCGCCCAGGACGUCCUCCCCAUCCCGCGCAUCAAGUACACGCACCCGGACUUUGUCCUCACCUUGGAGAACCUGGCCAUCUCAUUGCGCGACCUCAUACCCAACACGCUGGACGUGCGAGUACAGAACGAUUUCCACGUCGACUUUAAGCGGCUGAAGAGCGAGUCGAGCCAUUGUCAUCGGAUCAAGAUCAAGGUCAAGGGGAUGGGCCUCAGGAUCCACAAGGUGGCAUUUGCCGUCGAGUUGUUGAAGGGGGUGCAUUUCAAGGACAAGGGCAUCCUAGACCUCCUCAUUCGAGACGUUGGUCUGAGCAUUGUCGUCGAUGUGCCCAAAACAUACUCGGAGCACUUCUUUACAGUUCACAAAGUCAAGGUGAGAGUGCGCCCGAUCGCUACUCCCCGCCUACACGCCGUUCUCACCCCAUCUCUCUCUCUCUCCCGCACUUCGCGCGCCAGGGCAAGCUCGGGAAGUUGCAAAUCGCCGUGCGCCAGUCGAACCACGCCAUCCUUCACAAGCUAGCCGAAGGGCUUGUCGACUCCUCCCUGACCAAGUUCAUCCUCCGCCAAUUGAUGGCCAAAGGCGUAACCAUCGGCCUCAAACAGCUCGACGUCGCCCUCAUGCAGCUCCGGCUCAACCCGGCCGACCCGGACGACAGGAAGCGGAUGGUACGCCUCAAGCAGCAAGCUGCCGAGCUUCGCGACUUG